AGGAUCCAUGGUUUUGCAUUCGGACCCACUGUUACCCCAUCAUUGUCUCUGGAACCACCAACUUCCAGUUCCAGUUCUCCUCAUCAUCUCUCACAGCUUCCCUUUCAAUUCACUCCAUCAAUUUAUUCCCCAAACGGAUCCUUCCCUUCACUGUUACAACUACUCACGCACAUCACACCAUUCCAAAGUUUCCUCCUUUCUCAAAGAAACCCAAUACCCACGAAAGGAAUCCAUGAGUUUCCAGUGACCCACAUCGCGAGCUGCCAAAUCAAAGUCCAUUUUGCAAAAGGGUAGUUUCUUCUUCGGGGGGUCGAAUGAUGGUGGAGACCUCAACACUUGGGCGGUUCCACCACCAAAGGCUCGACUUUAAGCGCUGGAUACCGGCAUUCUUGACCUCGCACAAGACCCUCUUUACGGUUUUGUGGAUCGCCGCAUUCGCAUCGGUUUUCCUGUGGCAGAGGAACAUAGUGGGUGGCUUCUUCGUGUUCGGUCGGGUUCCGGCGAGGCCGAUGCCGAAGCUGCGUCCGGUGGCUUUCAAUUUGACGGAUUUCGGAGGGGUCGGUGAUGGGGUUACUCUCAACACUGAGGCCUUUGAGAGGGCUGUUUCUGCUAUCUCCAAAUUUGGGAAGAAAGGUGGGGCCCAGCUGAAUGUCCCUCCCGGUCGUUGGCUUACCGCACCCUUCAAUCUUACCAGCCAUAUGACUCUAUUUCUAGCUCAAGAUGCUGUUAUACUUGGCAUUGAUGAUGAAAAGUAUUGGCCACUGAUGCCUCCAUUGCCUUCAUAUGGGUAUGGGAGGGAACACCCUGGUCCUAGAUAUGGCAGUUUGAUUCAUGGUCAAAAUCUUAAAGAUGUUGUGAUAACAGGGCAUAACGGUACCAUAAAUGGACAGGGACAAACAUGGUGGAAAAAAUAUCGUCAGAAGCGUCUCAACCACACAAGGGGACCACUUGUUCAGAUCAUGUGGUCUAGUGACAUUGUGAUCUCUAAUAUUACUUUGCGUGACUCUCCUUUUUGGACACUUCAUCCAUAUGACUGCAAAAACAUUACAAUAAAAAAUGUCACAAUAUUGGCUCCUGUAUUCGAAGCUCCAAAUACUGAUGGAAUAGAUCCUGAUUCUUGUGAGGAUAUGUUGAUAGAGGACUGCUACAUAAGUGUGGGAGAUGAUGCAAUUGCAAUAAAAAGUGGUUGGGAUCAGUAUGGAAUUGCUUAUGCAAGGCCUUCCAUGAAUAUAAUGAUCCGAAACAUUGUUGUUCGCUCUAUGGUCAGUGCUGGCGUCUCAAUAGGAAGUGAGAUGUCUGGUGGGGUAUCCAACGUGACGGUGGAGAAUCUUCUUGUAUGGGAUUCAAGGCGUGCUGUGAGGAUUAAGACUGCCCCCGGACGAGGUGGAUAUGUGCGCCAAAUAACUUAUCGGAAUCUAACAUUUGAGAAUGUCCGUGUUGGAAUUGUUAUGAAGACAGAUUACAAUGAACACCCUGAUGAUGGAUAUGACCGUACGGCACUUCCAAUACUCAAAGAUAUAAGCUUCACCACUGUUCAUGGACAGGGAGUUCGUGUGCCAGUACGUAUUCAUGGUAGUGAAGAGAUUCCCGUGAGAAAUGUGACUUUUAAGGAUAUGUCAGUUGGGCUAACAUACAAGAAGAAGCAUAUCUUUCAGUGUGCCUUUGUUGAAGGACGUGUAAUAGGGACCAUAUUUCCUGCUCCCUGUGAGAACCUUGAUCGGUACAAUGAGCAAGGACAGCUGGUUAAGCAUUCUGCCUCCCAGAAUGUAACAGAUAUAGAUUAUGAUUUUUGAGGUGUCAGCUUCACCAAUUCCAUGCACUCGGGCCUCAAUUUAUGUCUUUAUUAGUUCUUCUUUUUUUUUUCUGGGGGUUGGAGCAACUAAGUCAUAUUUUUUCUUUUUUUCCCUUUUGUAAUUUCACUUCCCUACUCCAUUUUAUAGCUUUUCCUAAGUGGAGUUGUAUAUACGGAAAAUUU